GUUUAAUUACAAAGUCUCAGGGGAAUCAUGCAUCCGUUCAUUCCUCAAAUAUUCACUGGGCUCCCACCAAGUGCCAGACCCUGGGCUAGGUAUUGAAGAUUUAGAGAUUAAUAAAACACUGUCUCUUUCCUCAGAAAACUCAUAAUGUAACAGAACGGAUAACCAAAUGACCUAUGAUGAGUGAAAGAAGCUACAUAGAAAAAGACAUAUUGUUUGGUCACAAGCUGUCACUGAAGAGUAUUUAAACAAAGGAGAACCAUGAUCAGAUUUUUGUGUGAGAACAAUUAUUCUGGUCUCUGUGGAAAAUUGCAUUGGAUUGGAUGGGGAGAGAGUGGAGGCAGGGAGACCAAGAAGAAACCUGCUCCAGGAGUCCGAAUGAAAGAUGCUGAAGCCUAGAGGAUAGAGGGUCUCUGCAUCCUGAAACAAGACGCAGCCUCAUUGCAACUGAUCAGAAUGGUCUCAAUAGUCAGAAGCCUGAAACCACGGCUCUGGGAUCGCAAACUCGCGCGCAGUCCAACGCUCCCGCGGUGCAGAUGGGAAGACUGAGGUCCAGAGCCCCGCACGCCACAGCCACGGGGCAGAAGGCGAGGGGGCGCGUCCUGCCUCGCCGGCCCCCUGGCGCCGGUGCCGCCUCCGCCCGCCCCCCACGCUGGGUCCCCUAGCCAGGAUUUUGCCCUCGCAGAGCCGCCAGCUCGGGAGCGAGUCAUGGUGGGUGCGCUGGUGGCGGCGUGGCUGCUCCUGUCUGCCGCGGCCUGCGCGCAGCGGGAGCAGGACUUCUACGACUUCAAGGCGGUCAACAUCCGGGGCAAGUUGGUGUCGCUGGAGAAGUACCGCGGUUCGGUGUCCCUGGUGGUGAACGUGGCUAGCGAGUGCGGCUUCACAGACCAGCACUACAGAGCCUUGCAGCAGCUGCAGCGGGACCUGGGGCCCCACCACUUCAAUGUGCUUGCCUUCCCCUGCAACCAGUUUGGCCAACAGGAGCCCGAUAGCAACAAGGAGAUCGAGAGCUUCGCCCGCCGCACCUAUAGUGUCUCCUUCCCCAUGUUUAGCAAGGUCGCAGUUACCGGCACUGGUGCCCACCCUGCCUUCAAGUACCUGAUCCAGACUUCUGGGAAGGAGCCCACCUGGAACUUCUGGAAGUACUUAGUGGCCCCAGACGGAAAAGUAGUAGGGGCUUGGGACCCAACUGUGUCGGUGGAGGAGAUCAGGCCCCAGAUCACAGCACUCGUGAGGAAGCUCAUCCUGAAGAAGCGAGAAGACUUAUAACCACUUUCUCUUCUCUCCCACUGUCCCAUCCCCACCCCCCCACACACACACACCUUGGAUGGUGACCAAAGCAAACUCAGUUGUGCUCAAUGGUGCUCGGAGGGAGGGCCUAUGGACUCUCCUUACUCCACUUUUAUCCCACCUACCUUGUUAUUCCUAUGGGAGGAAAUAUCUAGUAUUUUGCAUUCGAGUCUUAGAACAAUGUAUAGGAACUCCUGGCCAAUGAGAGCCCUUGACCAGUGACUCACCAGCCAAUAAGUACCUCUGGCCCAUGAAAACAUGUGGCAAAUAGAAGUAUAUCAAGCAAUAAUCUAUAAGAUGGGACCAAUUCCUACCUCCAGGGCUGUUGUGAGGAUGAGGAUGAACGACCUAUGAAAGGUGCCGAGGGCAAUGCCAGCUCACUAGGAGGCAUUCAAUAAAUGUUUUUAGCAUAUGAACCAAAAAUUAACUUGUAAUCUAUAAAAACUUGCAACCAACAUGAAUUUCUAGCCAUUGAGAAUCCAGGCCAAAGAUUUAUUUGUUGUUGUAGUUGUUUUCCUCUGUAUUAUUUUUUUAAUUGAAAAAGUAAUGCAAAUAGAUUGUAAAAUAAUACAGGAGAAUAUUAAAUGAAAAUAAAAGUUUCACGGCGCCUGGGUGGCUCGAUCCGUUAAGCGUCCAACUUCAGCUCAG